AGCGAGAGACUCCGCGGCGCUGAGCGCGGCGGCCCGGGCAGAGCCGGCGCGCGGCUUGCAGAGCGAGCGCUGCGGGCGCGCGUCCCGGGCAGCCCCACGCCUCUGCCUCGCGCGCUGCCCGCGCCAUGAAGCACAUCCCGGUCCUCGAGGACGGGCCGUGGAAGACUGUGUGCGUGAAGGAGCUGAACGGCCUCAAGAAGCUCAAGCGGAAAGGCAAGGAGCCGGCGCGGCGCGCGAACGGCUAUAAAACUUUCCGAUUGGACUUGGAAGCUCCCGAGAACGGCGCCUUGGCCACCAACGGGCUGCGGCACAGGACCCAGCGGCUGCAGCCCGUCCCCGCCCCGGUGCCAGCCCCCGUGGUGCUGGCCGUUCCCCCAGGUGGGGGCACGGACACCGUCGGGGAGCGCAGGGGCUCCCGGGCGUCCGAGGUCUUGGACGCGCGGAAACGCGGCUUAGCCCUGGGCGUAGUGGGGCCGGGACUCCCCACGCCGCCUCCGCCGCCGCCUCCGGCACCCCAGGGCCAGACACCCGGGAGUUCCGAGGCACAGCCUUUCCGGGAACAGAAUCUGCGUCCCCGCAUCUUGCUGUGCGCACCGCCCGCGCGCCCGGCGCCGUCCGCGCCCCCUGCGCCUCCGGAGUCGGUGGUGCGCCCAGCGCCCCCCACGCGCCCCGGGGAAAGUUCCUACUCGUCAAUUUCACACGUAAUUUACAAUAACCACCCGGAUUCCUCCGCGUCACCUAGGAAACGGCCAGGCGAAGCCACCGCUGCCUCCUCCGAGAUCAAAGCCCUGCAGCAGACCCGGAGGCUCCUGGCGAACGCCAGGGAGCGGACGCGGGUGCACACCAUCAGCGCAGCCUUCGAGGCGCUCAGGAAGCAGGUGCCAUGCUACUCGUACGGGCAGAAGCUGUCCAAACUGGCCAUCCUGAGGAUCGCCUGUAACUACAUCCUGUCUCUGGCACGGCUGGCUGACCUCGACUACAGUGCCGACCACAGCAACCUCAGCUUCUCCGAGUGUGUGCAGCGCUGCACCCGCACCCUGCAGGCCGAGGGACGCGCCAAGAAGCGCAAGGAGUGACUGGCCCUGUGCUAGGCCGAGGACGCUGCUCUGGGCCCUCUUUCCGGUGAAGCCUGAGGAGAAGGGGAGCUUGUCUUCCCAAGACUCUGCCAGACGCUCAACCCGCCCGUCUCAGGAUGGGCCUACCUGCCUGCCUUCCCCUCCUGCCCUCGCCAGCCACUCCGUGGUUACUUGGCACUUUGCCCUCUGCCUGGUCACGGGGGAGCUCAGCUUUCCUCUUAUUCAGGGCCGAGGCCCACCAUCCGGCUACAGAAACUCAUUGCCAAAGAUUCAACAGAGACACUGAACAAAAUGUGGUGAGGACACCCAACAGCGAAAAGCCACACCGGUGCUCCGUGACGUUUGCUUCUUUGAGUCCCAUCUCAAGCCAAAGACAAGCCAGCAGUUCCACCAGGAACUUGUGGGAAGGAUGGACAUUCAGCGACCAUUGGAAGCACUUGACCCUUUGACCCGGUGCUCUCUCUACGCUGGGCUCUGAGCUGGCUGGGUGCAAGAUAAGCCUUUUGGGGGCUGUGAGAGGGAGGCUGGGGUGCCUGGCAGGGGUACAGAGUAGGGCCUGAGAUCCCUGCCUCUGUCUCUCCCUCCCACUGGCUCCCCAGGUCUAUGACCCUGAUUCUCAAUGUUCCCUGGACCCAGGUACCUUCUUGGGCCCUGAGCACUAUGGGAAGGAAAUGGUCCGGGGAAGCAAUAUUACCCCAUCCCCCACCCCAGGGACUUGCCUCCAGGUACCUGCCUAAGGGUCUUUGACCCCCCAGCCAGCCCAGCCAGCCAUUCCUCACCAGGGGCCCGCCCUCAUGGCUGGGCAAACAAGAUGGCACCCUGCUUCAGGCCAGUGGUCUGUUACAGGUUGUGCAGGAGGGUCAAAGAGAGGAAGGGACCAGGGGAAUGUGCCAGUGUGGGGGUGGCAGGCGGUGGGGGGAGCAUGUUCAAAGUCAUGGCCCCCCCCCUUCCUUGUGCUCAAAAGGCCAAAGCUGUUCACAUCUGUGCUCAACCAUCUGCUUCAAAUUGAAGUAAAA